AAAUGACUGCGCUGGCGAGAACCAGCGGCAAUAGUAAACUACAGACCCAUCCUCCCAUCAGAGAGGAUGUUCCAUAAGGCUUAUAACCUCAAGUGUUCAGAUAUAAAAUACAAAAUUAGUGGUCAUGGGUCUCAAGGAUCUUGUCGCCAAGACGAACUGAUUGGAGGUUGGCAGAUAAUGGGGGAAUCAGGAGGGUUCAGUUGAGAGUUGAAAGUCAGGCUGUGAAGAGAAGACUUUAUAUGUGCUGCAGUACAUUGAUAUUUGGAAUGUGUGAUUCAGUGAGAUUGUGUUAAAACUCGUUACCAGGAAACGACUAGUGGUGAGUGUAACCAGUGCCUGUAACAGUGAAUUGCAAAGUGUGUAAAUCAUCGAUAGCGCUCUGAUUACUGAUGUCUGAUACCGAAGCGUGAGUGUACUCCUAUGACCUCCUAUGACAUUGUGUUCACUCCUGUUCUGCAUCAGAAGGAGGUGGCAGCAAACCUCAUGUGGCAUGUGUCUUACAUUACUGAAACGCGAAUUCCUUCUACUUUGGUGAGUCACUGGCUCAAGAUUGAUGUACAUUACAAUUUGAAGUUCUUAGUAGUGAGUACUAAACUUACGGCCUUUUGUGAUGUGACACUGUAUGGUUUAGUAGCUGUGUACCGACAGAUUGCAAGGACUUGCCGCCUCCAUCUUGAUGAUAGAAGAUGGAGGCAGCGGGUUCCUCCAAAAAAUUGGCAUCUAUCUAUCAAAACUCAUGACAUCAUAUUCCAAAAGACUAUCAUCUGGAUACAUAUGAAGCUUGUUAUGCUGUAUAGCGGAAAGCAGUACAGCCAGUCCCCGCCUAUUGAACAGAUUAUUUCCCUCUAGUAUGAUGUAAUGCAAGGGCAGGCAAGAAAUAAAAUAUACAGAGGCAGAAAACAAGGAAAUAGAUAAAGGAAUGGAGGUCAUAACUAAUUACCGCCAAACAGACUCGGAGAUGAAGAAUAGGAAUACUUUACCAGCAGAGAGAACAAGCAAGAAGCGUGAAAAAUAGCAAUGUGAUAUGCGUGACCAUUUUUUUUUUGUUAAUUACAUUUGUAUGUUUCUUUUUUGGUAACACAAUUGAUUACUCUUCGUUUUCAAGAAUUUUCUGGAAUGACGUAUGUGAAACUCUUCUAUAAUUUCGCAUAUUGCGACUUGAAAUCCGAAUCCGUAUAGCUUAUCCAGACAAAAACAUUAAUUGUUAGGCAACGGCUCGGCGAACAUGUUUCCUAGGAAACGACUACGCUUACAACAAUAGACAAAAUGCUGGAGGUCGUGUUUUCUAUGCUGUCCGUUCCGAAGUUAUACAUGCACUGUACUUCAGUGGUUAGCAUCCAGCCGCCAGCCAGCGAGGACAGCAACAGCAAAAGGAAUCUCUACUGUUAGAACGUUAUAACGUGAAAAUAUUGACAAUUAUCAUUCUGCUCUGUCACUAUGAAUUACGCUCUUAUAUGCAUACUAGUUGUGUUGGGGUGUCUGCAGCAACGAACUGCUGAAUCACGCCAUAUCGCCCAUCACAGUCGAGAAGGAAACAUGGAGACUGUACCUGAUCAAACCCAAGCUGCAUCUGAUGACACACUACAGAGCAACAUUCCUUCAGAUCUGUUAUUCAUGUAUGACAAACGAAGAACUAAAGACUCAUAUGGGGAUACAUCUCAUGGAUCUGAAGAAAUAAUGCCAGCAAAUUCAGAAUUUGACGUUCCAAAGAAAAUCUCGCUCUCGCCACGUUAUAAGAAGUCUUGGCAAAGAAAAUUGUCAAAAAAGUAUCCACAAACUAAACAGAAAGAAGAUCUUGGUCUCACUUCUAGUAACAGAUUUUUUUCUGACACAGUACAGAGAAUACAACGACCUGAAAAUGGACCAGAAAUUGCUGAUGUCAGGACAGAUCAAAGAAUAAAAAAGGGCUUAUCUCCUGAUACUUACUCUUUUAAGGCACAGAAAAAUAGUCCCAACCAUCACAGAAUUACAUAUAAAGAGGAAAGCAAUUCACGAAAUUCAUGGAAACCUAUCCGAGGCCAUAAAAUUGUUAACUCUUUUAAAUCACGCUACAAAACAACGACCUCCAACCCACUCAGUCCUGGAGAAGAAACUUCUGCUUACAAAGACAAGAGACAAAACUCUGAGGAGGAGGAAGACCCAUAUGGUAAUAAACACAUGUUUGGUGAUGAUAGUGGUGAUAGUGAUGAAGAUUAUGAUGAUAUCGAUGACUACACCAGUAAGAUUCAAAAAGCUCUUAAAAGUGAUGGUAGCAACAUAGGGCUGCAAGAAAUGUAUCAACAGAAAGAUGACAGUGUACAAAGAUAUUUGGAUCAUGUACCAUAUCCUGCAAAGAUAAAAGAUGACACAAGAGAAACUUCUGCUUACAAAGACAAGAGACAAUACUCUGAGGAGGAGGAAGACCCAUAUGGUAAUAAACACAUGUUUGGUGAUGAUAGUGGUGAUAGUGAUGAAGAUUAUGAUGAUAUCGAUGACUACACCAGUAAGAUUCAAAAAGCUCUUAAAAGUGAUGGUAGCAACAUAGGGCUGCAAGAAAUGUAUCAACAGAAAGAUGACAGCGUACAAAGAUAUUUGGAUCAUGUACCAUAUCCUGCAAAGAUAAAAGAUGACACAAGAAGAUAUGAACAUGGUAGUAGCUAUAGAUCUUCUGAAAACGAGACAGAAGAUAAUGAGAGAACACAAAACAUUAUUCAUUCUCGAAUUGAUCACUUGAAGGAAAUGACAAAAAGAGGGAUGGCAAACAACUUUUAUUCAGAACAAAAUUCUAGGGCCCCAACACAUGGUAAGAUUGCAAAUGAUCGUAUUAAAUGGGUUAAAUUUUAAGGAGUCACAAAGAUACACUACAAGUGGUUGUUUCUUAUAAAAGAUGUCACAAUGACAUCCAUGUAAAACUAAAAUACAUAUUGUGACAUGACGGCUAAAAGCCAAAAUACUGCAACAAAUAGAAGCAGCUGUUGGUAAGCAAUGUCUUGGUAAAAAUUUUCCAUCACAAUGAAUAAACGCGCAAGAAGAAUGGAUUCAUAGAAGCGACGUUUUCAAUGCGGUCCAAGCCAAAGCUGUACAACGAAGAUCAAUAGCUGAAUCAUCUUCAAUAGGAGAAUGACAUGGAGACUCCAUAUCGAAAGGACCGCAUCCAAGGUGCUCUGCACAUACAUAAGAAUGUAUUUCUAUUCAAGACAGAGCUUUUAAGCAUUAAUAUUAAACUUGUUCUUUAUAAAGCCUCAAUUAUUUCAAUAAAUGUGUAUGUCUCUCCCAACUGAAUGUAUGCGGCGGACGCUCUCUUCUUGAAACUGCAGUCCCUGCAGAACCGAGUUCCCCAUUCCACUGGCAAUCUUGAUAGGUGCACAAUGGUCCGCGACUUGAACGUGGUUUUCAAAAUUCCUUAUGUGUACGAUUACAUAAUAGAAUUCUGCAGGAGACAGGAAAAAGUAAUCAAGAAUCUCUAAAUCCAAAUGAACGAGCGAUUGAACAAGGAGAAACUAUGCAUAAGAGAUCUAAGAUACUUAAAUUUGGCGGUGGUUAGGCCUACGAACGUUCAAGAGACUAACUGCUAUUUCGGAGUUGUAAAAUAAAUCAUGGCGCUAUCUGCUGCAGAAGCCUGCAUUGACAGGUGCCCUGUGUAUAUCAUGCUCGAAUGUUAUUCAUUGUAGUGAAGUCGAAGUUGACGAAGUGGAGACCCCAUUUGAAACAUUUUAAAGGCGCUGGAAUAAAAAAAAAUAAUCAUAGGUUCUGACUGGGCCCGAUACCAAGAACGAACGAUCUGGAGAGCGUCAGCGGCAGUUUUCUGGACUGAACUAGAGCCGAGUCAGUCUUCAGUUGCUUUGUUAGACGCCGCUACCAAGCAACAACUAGUGAAGACAUAGUGGACUGAGAAGAAAGUGCUUGCAGUAGUCAUCUGUAGAGCGUGAUUAGUGAAAUUGUUAUAGUUAUUUGUUGUUACAAGUUAUAUGCGUUC